AUAGUCUUUUAUAACGUUACUCCGUUUAUAUGAUUUAUAUUAAUCUAUUAAUAAUCUCCGUCUUUUAUAAAGGUUUCCGUUUUCGGGUUUUGUAGGAUGAGCGCGUUAACGUCUCGCGCACAGUGAGUGAAGCGUUAGAACGUGAGUGGGCAUGAAUGCUAAUGCUAACGCUAACGCUGACUGGAUGAUAAUAAGGACGAAAUGUUUGGGAACAUUUAAAAAGGAAGUCAUCGCUCUGUUCUCCCAUUACCCGAGGCAUGAGGAUGGAACGCGAGGGAUGAGGACGAGAGCAGCGGAGAGAGAGAGAGAGCGCUCUUGGCGAGAGAAACAAAAGGCCUUUGAUGGGUCUCGCUGUGAAAACCAGCGCCAGCCCUCACGCACGCCACUGAGCGAAUGUUGAUGAGGUGUGUGUGAGAGUGUGUAUGUGUGUGAGUGAGUGACCAUGGCACCGGGAGACACGGUGGCAGAGAAUGGAAAGCAGCACAAGAUCAGGACAAAGUGUGCAUCGCGGUCUCCCGAGGCGGAGUGCGCCGCCGACGGCUCGUUCGUCUUCGAGGCUCACGAAGCCUGGAAGGAGUUUCACAACUCGCUGAGACAGUUCUACGAGAACGGGGAGCUCUGCGACGUCACGCUGAAGGUGGGCACCAAGCUGAUCCCCUGCCACAAGCUGGUGCUGGCCUGUGUGGUGCCGUAUUUCCGUGCCAUGUUUCUCUCUGACAUGGCCGAGGCCAAGCAGGAGCUGAUCGAGAUCCGCGACUUUGACGGCGACGCCAUCCAGGACCUGGUGCGCUUCGCCUACUCGUCACGUCUGACCCUGACCGUAGAGAACGUCCAGCCGCUGCUCUACGCCGCCUGCAUCCUGCAGGUGGAGCUGGUGGCACGGGCCUGCUGCGAAUACAUGAAGGCCCACUUCCACCCGUCCAACUGCCUCGCCGUGCGCACCUUCGCCGAGAGCCACCACCGCGUGGACCUGAUGGACAUGGCCGACCGCUACGCCUGCGAGCACUUCGGCCAGGUGCUGGAGAGCGACGAUUUCACGCACGUCUCGCCGCAGCACCUCAAGACGCUGCUCAGCUCCAGCGACCUAAACAUCCACUCUGAGACGCAGGUGUACGAAGCAGCCGUCAAGUGGCUCAAAGCCAAUCCACAGCACCAUGAGCUCUGGCUCCACCAGAUCAUGUCUCAGGUGCGUCUUCCUCUGCUCCCCGUGGACUUCCUCACAGGCACAGUGGCUAAAGAAGAGAUGAUCAAGUCUCACCUGAGCUGCCGAGACCUGCUGGACGAGGCCAGGAACUACCACCUGCACCUCAGCAACAAGACCGUGCCUAACUUCGAGUACUCGAUCCGCACCACGCCACGCAAACACACAGCGGGUCAGAACGAGCAUGCACGUGUGCUGUUCUGCGUGGGGGGACGUGGAGGUUCUGGAGAUCCGUUCCGCAGCAUCGAGUGCUACUCCAUCAGCAAGAACAGCUGGUUCUUCGGCCCCGAGAUGAACAGCAGGCGCAGACAUGUGGGAGUCAUCUCUGUAGAAGGAAAAGUGUACGCAGUGGGCGGCCAUGAUGGCAGCGAGCAUCUGGGGAACAUGGAGAUGUUCGACCCUCUGACCAACAAGUGGAUGAUGAAGGCCUCCAUGAACACAAAAAGGAGGGGCAUUGCACUGGCCACACUCGGAGGUCCAAUCUACGCUAUAGGAGGUCUGGAUGAUAACUCAUGCUUUAGCGAUGUGGAGCGUUACGAUAUCGAGGCGGACCGCUGGAGCGCCGUCUCCCCCAUGAACACCCCUCGAGGAGGAGUAGGCUCUGUGGCUUUAGGGAGCUACGUGUACGCCGUGGGAGGGAACGACGGCGUGGCCUCCCUGUCCAGCGUCGAGCGCUUUGACCCACACCUUAACAAAUGGAGCGACGUCCGAGAGAUGGGGCAGAGGCGCGCAGGAAACGGAGUGAGCGAACUGAACGGCUGCCUCUAUGUCGUAGGUGGGUUUGAUGAUAACUCUCCGCUGAGUUCAGUGGAACGCUUCGAUCCCAGGACCAACAGCUGGGAGUACGUCGCCGAGCUCACCACACCCAGGGGCGGAGUCGGUGUUGCUACGGUGAUGGGGCGGGUCUUCGCUGUGGGCGGGCACAACGGGAACAUCUACCUGAACACGGUGGAGGCGUUUGAGCCGCGCAUGAACAGGUGGGAGUUGGUGGGCUCAGUGUCUCACUGCAGGGCUGGAGCGGGCGUGGCCGUCUGCGCCACACACAUCAGUCAGAUUCGAGACGUGGGUCAGGGUUCAAGCAACGUGGUUGACUGCAUGUAGUGUCCCUGUUAGAAUAUGGAUACUACACACACACACACACACACACACACACACACACACACACACACACACAGCAGCACAACUCUACUAAACACCACAGACACACACACAGCAGCACAACUCUACUAAACACCACAGACACACACACAGAGCAGCACAACUCUACUAAACCCCAAACACACUCCACAUAGAACAUUCUCUGCAUCUAUGCACACUUUUUAAAUACUUCACACACACACACACACAAACGUUGUCUCAACACUUCUACACACCUUACACAGUUAAACACACAGAUACACACACACACUCCGCAGCAGCAGAACAAUUUCCUCCGGACUCUCCUCGUAUCUCUGUCUGAAAUCUCCCUGGUAUCAGUUCUCAGUUUGGUGUAAAGACGAGGAAGAUUCUGUAUUACUCUGCUAGCGUGCACUACACAAUCUAGAUCGAUAUUUAUUUAAUUUCAUGCAAGAUUCUUGUGCGGAAUUGUGUUAUCGUGUCACAGUAAUGGCUGCCUUUGGUUAGAAACAGUUAACUAACAAGCAUAAUCCUGAUAAUAGUUCUCAGUCUAACCAGCGGUGAUCUUUGUGGAAAACUCUACUUCAUCUUAACCACACGUUAAAGAAAACAAACCAAGUAGACACGAUCGAGCUAGCUAAGCCGAUGACGCUGACGGCCGGGUCAUCUCAGUCACCCGACUUACAGAAGGAGGACCUACAGAAGGAGCAGUUUUAUUACACUGAGGAAAUGCAGUCCAUAUCUGUACAUGGGUUUUAUUGUGCACUAUGUUUAUAGACUAGAAACAGUAUAUUUUUGUCUGAAAGAUGAACUGACCAGAAGACAUUUCAAAAGAAGAGUGACGUUUCUGCUUUUUAUCAGCAAACGGUGUGAAAAAGGAAUUUUUCUGGUUUAUCCGUAUCGUUGUUGUUUUUGUUAAUGCUUUGUAUUUUUGGAAUGAGUUUAUAUCUAUUUAUUUAUAUAUAUAUAUAUAUAUAUGCUAAUGUUUUUUUGAGUUUAUCUAUCAAAUUAUGCUGUUACAUUGAAGAGUUCUUGUAUCUGAGGAAUUUUUUUAAAUGUGCUUUUUAAUUGUAUAGUGUAUUUAUCCUCUUUGUCAUCACGCAUCAUAUCUGCCAUUUGCAAGUUUGCCGUGCAUCAGUUUUUUAAUUUAUUGUCAAGUAUUUAAAGCACAGAGAAUCCUAGCCGUAUGAGGUCGUUUACAAACGAGCGCCCGACUCGUACAAUUCUGGUUUUCAGAAGCAGGAACUUUUGUAUAUGAAUUUGAAGAAAUCGUGACUGAUGUGUAAACAGAGUCUGAACUUCCCAAACCAGUUCCUGAAGCUCCCUCUGCCUUUAUUCUGUCCUUUUCCACCUUGCUAAAAAAGAGUAGUUUAUGGAGACCCUGAAAUCUAGAAUUAUUGUUAUUGUUAUUGUUUUGUGAUUUCUUAGCACCUGUUUUAAAAUGAGAGCUACUGUACUGUAUUCAUCUGUCAGUUUGUAUUAUUCAAAUAAAAGAUAUAAGGAAUAUUGUAAUGAAAUAAAAUUCUUCUGCAUCCUGUU